AUGGCCCCAAGAGAUGGAGCGCUUCGUGAGUGUCUCAGACAAUGGAAACUGUCAGGUAAGGAGGAACCAGAAGAACCAUCAUGGGAGGAAAAAACCCUGCUUGGGAUGUACCACCGACAGAUAGCUGAAGUGGCUGAUAUGAGCAAAUCCUACCAAUGGCUAGAGAGGGCUGGACUGAAGGACAGCACAGAGGCACUAAUUAUGGGGGCACAAGAACAGGCCUUGAGCGCCAGAGCAAUAAAGGCCCAGCUCUACCAUACCAGGCAAGAUCCCAGGUGCAAGCUGUGCAAAGAGGGCCCUGAAACAGUCCAACACCUAACAGCAGGAUGUAAGACGCUGGCAGGAAAAGCAUACAUGGAAUGCUAUAAUUAA